AUGCUGCCUAUAUUGGCCAUCACAUUUGUCUUGGGUAUCAUCGAUCUUGAUAACAUAGGAAAUGCUGACGUAGCAGGAUACAAUUACAUUUACUUUAAUACUACUCCUUAUAAUUAUAUUUUUGCCGUAUCAGCACACUUUAUCGGUUUUAUUAUAUUCGAAAUCCCUUCAAAUUUGGUGACAGACAUUUUAGGGCUUCAUGUUUGGUUGCCAAUCUUAAUGAUAUGUUGGUCAAUAACGUCUAUGACUCAAGCUGCAUGUACAACCGUGGUUCAGCUAGGCUUUGUUAGAUUUCUUAUAGCAGCAUAUCCUCCAUCAAUAGUAGCAUACAUUGGUUCGUUUUAUUCUAAAAAUGAAUUAACUUUAAGGUAUUCUGUAAUUGGGAGUUUAAUCGCCAUUGGUGGUGCUCUUAGUGGUUCAAAUAUCUGGUACUUCAUUGACCGGUUUUCAAUGGUUAUUUAUAAUGAAAGCAUUCCAACAUUAAUUAUGGCACUAAUUAUUGUUGUAUUUUUGACUCGUGGUCCUGGAAAUGCUCGUCUCUUCACUCCUGAAGAACGUAAUUUCGCUAUUGAACGUUUAAAAUAUGAGGGUGGUAACAUUGAAAUUGAUAGUGAUCUCGCAAAAGCUCAAGUAAAAUUUGCCCUCACUGAUAUUUUAACUUAUAUUUACACAGUAGUGCUUUUAAUUACUGCGAUUCCAUUCUUUGCUCUUAAUUUUUACCUUCCAACUUUAGUUAAUCAACUUGGUUAUAAUGAUUUUCAAGCUCAAUUAAUGGUAGUACCACCACUUGUUAUUUCAACUAUAUUUAUGCUCCUUAAUUCAUGGUCUGGUCAAUAUAAGCGCAACACGAUGACUGCUAUAAUAUUAACAGCUAAUCAAAUUGGAGGUAUCAUCGGGCUUUCAAUAUUUCCAGCUACAGAUGCUCCAUCAUUCAUUAUGGGAAGUUCCAUAUGCUUAGCUGUAGUGAUUUUAUCAUCUAUUUCAGUUAUUGCGUUAAAAUUUUAUUUGGAAUUAUUAAAUAAGAAACGUGAUUUAACUAUUUUAGCAAAUCAUAAUUAUAAGUUAAAUGAUAAUGAUUUGAAGGAUAAUAAAAGGAUUAGAGAAAUUGCUAUGAAAUUAGUGGAAAAUGAACCAAAGUAUGAUGAAGUUUUGUGCGAUAAACAUCUUAAUUGGAGGUAUAUUACUUAA